GUACAUAAUUCUCCGUGAUUCCGAUGACUACGUUGUAAAUCGAUCGAAUCUUCUCCCUGGGUCACCGCUUGUAAUCAAUUCAUUUGAUUCCAUCAUCGGGUCUGGCUGUAUUGCCCUGAUCCGAGUCUUCGUACGGUGUUCUCCUUGACCGACCGAUAGUCACAUCCCCUUUCAUCCUCUCGCCCAUCAUGCGGGAGGUCAAUUUCAGUAUUCCGAAUGCCAAUAAGGCAUCGGUCAACAUCACAACCACGCUGUACGAUCGGCGUGCUCUCGAUUGUACAUCUACCCUACCGCUUGUCAACUCUCUCAAUCAUCUAGCUUAUCUCACAACCUCAUCCGCCCGCAUUCGCGAUAUUCUCACCAUCGAUGGUGGCGUCGAGCGCUUGGUAGGCAUUCUCAAGGAGGGCCGGACCAAGGAUUUAAUGGACUGUUGGAAAUGGAGCCUCGCUCUCCAGUGCGUUGUCAACAUUGGAGUGAGGGGCUCGGAGAAUGUACGGACCAGAGUGGUCGAGGCGGAUAUUGUACCGGUGGCUGCGACCGUGCUGGACAAUUAUAUUAAGGUGAUGGAAAAGGCGCGCGCCCGAGCCGAGAGCGAGAGUCAUCGGCACUCGUCCCGAAACCCCCUCAAGGCCAUUCAUGGGCCUACCUCGAGUCUUCCCAGUCGCCCACUCUACGUGGACCAGUCCACCAACACUGAACAUCGUCCUUCUCGCCGCCAGGCACCUCCUCCACAUAUCGAAAUCCCUCCCCACUAUCAAGCCAAUAACGCGGAUGCCAAUGCCAUGGACACAGGGUCUUCCCCUCGUGCGCCCCCGGCUACUCUUCCAGAACGGCGAACCCUGGCGCUUGAGGACAAUCCUCGCCAUGCUCACAAUGGUCACCGCCACCUGGUGAUGCAGCCUUUGUCUACCGCAACUAUGGACACUGCCGACGGGCUCGGCUUACGCCCGGUGCGUGACACUGAAAGACUUCCCAGCAUGCUCCCGGGCCUACAGAAUGGGCUUAUUUCUCAGCCUGACUCGCCUACUACGCCUGGUGGUCCUUCGCAGCUGCGGAGUCAGAUCCACAUGCACGGACUUCGGUCACGUCCUACUCUGUUGCAACAGCAAUCAGGAUCGGGUGAUUCUGACACCGCUACCAAUGCCGAUGUGUCGACAGUAGGCUCUACGACGGGCUCCGGACACAGCUCCUCAGCGGGCGAUGAAGUGGGUAGCGAGAUAACUGACCCGAUGGUCGGCAUGGAAAGCCGCAUGGAGGUAGAUGAUGUUGCAGAGAGGCAAUCCGUCCUUGCGGACGUCUCGAAUGCCCAUGACCUGACCGUCAAUGACUCAUCUGAAGGACAGGAAGCCGACACUUUCAACAUUGCCCAUCGCUCCGUCGUUGAUGGAAGCAUGAUCGAGAACAAUGAUGCACAGACGAACGGUGCCUCGGCGUUGUCACCCGCCCAAGCUACCGACAAUACGAACUCCCCUGUUGUUGUCCCGACUCCCUAUUCCACAUACAUUCGCGACCGCCUCGCAACCCAGACCACUUCCACAACCAUGCCCCGCGAGGAGGAUGUCUUGAUGGCUCUUCAGCUCCUUGCAUAUGUCUCCAAGUACUGCAGUCUCCGGACUUAUUUCCAAAACACCCAUUUUGUUCCGAAGCUUCAAGUGGAUCGUGAGCUGAAGGCUCUUGAUGGUGAGCUGUCUCCCCUUGAGCUCGUUGAAGACGGGGAGGAGUACCUGCAGCCGGACGAUGUAAACAUUUUCCCUCUGGUGGAACACUUCACGAUGCGGCAGCACACGAAGGAUAUGCAAUACUGGGCCUGCGUUGUCAUGAGGAAUCUCUGCCGCAAGGAUGAGGCUCAGGGUGGUAUCCGGCAGUGCGCGUAUUGGAAAUGUGGCAAGUGGGAGGAGUUUCAGCGACAGUUCGCCAAAUGCCGCCGGUGCCGUCGCACGAAGUACUGCAGCAAAGACUGUCAGAAGGCGGCCUGGAUCAGUCACCGUCAUUGGUGUCACACCAAUCCUUGAAUUGAACGGAUGAA